GUUGGCAUGCUCGUUGCUCACAAUUGCGUUUUGCUGGGCGAGGGUAAAAUUCGCAGAAGAAAUUUUAUACCACACGAACGGAAUUUCUUUCUCCAAAUAACAAGAAUCAGCCAGCAGUUCCUACGAGCAGGAGUUAACCAGAGCAGGAGAAUUUAGCCAGGAUACUACCAAGACAAUUCGCCUGUACCCCAGGGUCUCCAGUUCCACUGGGUAGCUGGUCUCAGCUGGAGGUGGCGGUGGGUGGUGCUCUUAUCGGCCUAUGAUUUCUUCCAUGCCCGCUGCGAUAAGAGCCAGGCGGAUCUGCCUGUCCAGUGCAACACCAUGGGCUGCAUCACCAGCAGCAGCAAGUUAAACGAGCUGCGCGGUCAUGAGAAUGUGUUCCGAGUACGAGUGGCUCACCUGCAACCAACUCCGGGUACUCCUAUCAUCCGGAGUGGCUACCUGGAGCUAACGCCCCGAGAACUGAUAUUCCAGACGCCGGGCUGUGAGCCCAUUGUGUGGGCACUGCAACACCUCCGACGUUAUGGCCUGAAUAACGAUCUCUUCUCCUUCGAAGCAGGACGCAGGUGCAUGUCUGGGCCAGGGAUCUACACUUUUCGAGUCCACAAUGCCGAGCAGCUGUAUCCCAUGUUCCAGCGCUACAUCAACGCAGUAAAUACAGAUGCCUUUGUGCAGGGCGAACGAGAAAGAGUAAACUCCGCUCAUUCGGUGUCCGUGAAUAUGGGUAGAACUGAGGGAAAUAACUACCUAGAGCCGGCUCCCUUAAUGAACCGGCAGCUGGGCAACUUCCACAGUGAGCCCUCGAGCACCAGCUCAUCGUAUCCGCUGCAGGCUAAUGACUCGCAAGUGGAAGACUCUCCGCCCAAUUUGCAAUCACCAGUCCUGAUACCCAGUGCCUAUUUGGAUCAGCCAUUGCGGGCUUUGCAGGACUGCUGUCUGGAGGGCACCGCCACGGACUUGCUGUCCACUCCGCCCUCUGGCAAUAGAUUGUCAUCACGAAGGCGCACAAUGGACUUGCCUCCCCUGGAAUCUGCGCCAGCACCAGCUCCAGUUCUGAGUCCCAACGAUGCUGUGCACAUGUACGCCAAUGUGGAAGCUCUGAUCUUCGAUCUGAGCAAUGAGCGCUGCUAUGAGAACGUAACUCGCUUGGAGCUGCCACUGCUGCCGAGGGAACCAAUUUCCACUCAAGAGCCGGCCACGCCCACCAGCUUGGCGGGCAGCUGCGGAGUAAACUACAUAGUGCUUGAUCUUGAUCAGCCGCGAAGUCCCGUGGGACCGGCUAGUUCACCAAAGGCGAUCAAUGGAUUUGGCAGCGGCUUAUCACUGAUCUCCACCCCAGCACCUGUCACUGCUCCAGUGACGCCUGAGUCAGGUAAUACGUUGGACGUUCCCCCACCCCCCAUGCAGUCCCAAAGCCUGAACAGCAUCUCUCCUGAUGCGGGAGAUACUCAAGCGAAGAAGGUAACAGAAUGCUCCGGGACCCAAGGCUACUCAACCAUCGAUUUCAUCCGCACUUACGCCUUGAACAAGUCUUCGACUGAACUGCCAGAAACAGUGACGCAUCGCCAGCAUUCGUCGCACGAUGCCGAGGAGCUGAGGAUCACCAGGCACAGUAAAUGCAUACGAAAGGCCUACUCCAUAAGUGAGUGAAAUGCAGGCAGCAGGAAUAGGAUUGGUGGAGACCGAGUGCACAACGAAUUUACAGGAAGCAUAAUGGCACCAGAUCGCUGGCGAAAUAGACCAUUUAAGUUAAGGAUCUAACCCCACAUUUUUUGUGCCAAAUCUGAAUACAAAAAGAUGUAAGGAGCUCUUGAUAGCAAAAUCAGAAUCCUGUCGAUCGGCUGCAAGCAAUGUAAGGAAGUGUCUAAAUUCAGAAGUAAUGAAGAUCACCACGAAAGGAAAAAAACCGGAUCAAAAAGAGUACAAACGUAAAAGAAGAGUGGCCAAAAGAUUUAUUAACCCCGAAUUGUUCGAUUCAAAUUGAAUAAUGUUGACCAAUUAUGAAGAUGAAAAUUCCGAACAGUAAUCGAAUUGAAACACAAGCUGUGCAACUAGAAGGUUGAGCAGAUCAAAUGAAUGAUAGCUUGUUUAAAAAUAUGAACAUAAACUACUAAAAUUAACCACACAUGGGAUCAAACAGGAUUUUGUUGAAGAGAUUGAUGAAAGCGUACAAUAUUUUAGAGUUAUCAAAUGUUCAAUAAGCUUCAUAACGUUUUAAACUUUUUCAGAAACAUUUUCGUGAUGCUGGUACUUCUGAUUAUGAAAGCUUAACAAGGAGCUAAGUAACUUUUCUACUAUUUUCAAGGGAUUUUCAAGGGAGUAUGAUUAAAUGGAAAUGGAUCUCUCUCGGAUGGGGGAAGGAAAAGCUAUGGAGGUUGAUGAGAACGUGUUGCACAACGAAUUUACUGCAGGAGAUUGUAGUAAAGUGAAAUUUGAAGAGUGAUUUGUCCAAAGAUUUGUUUGCUUCCUUAUGCGCCAAGCUAGAACGCAAACGAGUAACAAUAUUAUAACCAGGUUGUUUUUGUAGUCAGUACAGUAAACUCAGAAAGCCAUAAACACAUAGACGUGAAUUGCAUACGUACAUAACUUGUAUUUAAGGAUAUUAACAUAGCAUUACUUACAUCGCAGCCAGCGGCUGUUUAGAUCUAGUCAUUUUUGAAUUUGUGCAUAUAAAAUAGUGAGCAACACGAAAGGCUUUUAACAUUAAAAUUGUACAUGGUAGAUACUUAAGUGUAGCUCAUAAGCACCAGAAAACACAUCACCGACGUACACGUACGUUUGUUGUUGGCCAAGGCUUUGAUUUUGUAUUUUGUUGCCAAAAAAAAAAAAACAAUGGUAGAAAGCAUCGCGUUGCAUUGUCCGCUGUGAGUUUA